CCUUACGUUAGGACACAUGGGAACCUGGUGUCCAUAGAAACACUACAUCGUUACCAUGGCAGAGGUUGUGUGAUAUUAACGAGUCGUUUAUGGUUGUAGUCCCGCUACAUAAAACCGGUCACCGGAAGGGAUUGGUCUGUCGGUACUAUACAAUCAUUUCCGCGUCCUCUACAUCCUAGACAGUACAUACACAUCAAUAGCGCUCGUGUACCUAUCUUAGUCUACAGUGUUGUUAAAUGUGAAGUAAACAGUACUACGAGUGAUACAGGGGACUGCCAACAUGAAGAUAUUAUCGGCUCUAGUGGUACUAGGCCUGAUCUCUACACUGGUCACCUCUCUGACCUACCCAACAGUGGUGGAAGCAGAACUGGGUAAAAGCUAUGUCAUGACCUUCACCUUUGACCCGAGUACAAAUAAUCUGACAAAUAAUCUGACACAGUUUGUUAUAUACAACGACACCAGUAGCACAGCCGUGGUCAGCAUUGUCCAGAAUUCGACCUCUAUAUACCAAGACUGGAAAGCGCGCGCGAAUGUUCAGGAUAAUAUUGCAACGGGUACCGUCACAGUGACUUUGACCUCUGUCCUCGUGGACGAUGAAGGCUGGUAUCGUGUCACCAUGGAUACUGGAACUUCGGAACAAUCGGGACGUUUCAUAAUUGUAACAUAUGCUCAGCCCAUAUCAUUGGCCAUAACCCAAACCGCCAGUCAGAAUACAAACGAACGUCAUAUCCGGUGUACAGGGAAUGUUGGGAGACCUAAUCCGGUGUUACGUCUCUUACAAUCGCCUCCUUACAAUGUCAUCACUGAUCACGAAAUCACAAAAUAUAAACCGGCGUCGUCACUCCAGAACGGAACGUUUAUGAUCGAUUACGUUUUCAAUGUGACAUUCCCCUUUUCUGAUAAUGGAACCUAUGUUGUGUGUGACGUCACGCAUGACGUAGCACUGGGGAAGGAACUUCGACCAAUCAGAAGUAAACUGGAGCUGGUUAUUGUGCAGCAACCCGUAGUUUCUGGUCAGUCUAUCGCCAUAACAGGAACAAGUACCCUGGUAACACCGACAUCAGAACUCAGAAUUACAUGUCAGCCAAGCACAACUGGUAUCAGUGAUGUAAGUACUAUUAGUGUUAAAAAAAACACUAGUAGUACUGAUUAUACACCGAUAGUGUCUGUAGCCUAUGCUAAAUCCAGUGCAUCAUCAGUAAUCACCUGGGGUAACACAGCUUACCAGAACAGACAGGGUGUGUUAGCGACAGGAAAUGUGGACACUCUUGGUGGUGCUCGGCUUGUGUUAACAAUCUCCGCGAACAACACCCGAUGUGAGGACGGGGGAGCUUACCGGUGUAACNGGAGCUUACAGGUGUAA